UGCUCGACCCUCCGCACGGACAGGGCUUCCCCCGCUGCCACCGCCCGACACCGCCGCCGUUCUGCCGCCAGCGCCGCGGGGAUGGAUGCGGAGGAGGACUCCUUUAUCCGGCUGCCCAGUCCCGGCAGCCUGGAGGACGGCUUCCCGGAGGUGACCCCCGAGCAAGUCCAGCAGCAGAUCGAGUGUUGCAAGGAACUUUGUAGUGUUCUGGAGAAAGAGCAUGCGAAGCUACAAAUGGCCAAGGAAGCUGUAGAGCAAAGGACACAAGAGCUGAGGAAAGAGGGAGAACUUCUUCAUAAAAAUAUUAAGCAACAAAUGUCCUUAAACAGAGAUGAAGACAGAUCCUGCCAGGUGGGCAUUUUUUUAGCAAAGGACGAGAUGAACAGACUGAGGCAGGAGAAGCAGGUGCUGAAAAAGAAACUGGAAGAAGUGAAGAAGAGGGUCCUCUGGGAGGAUCCAGUGAUGAUGCUGCCUGCCUUGCCAGAGAAGAAGAUGGUGUUUAAGGGACUUGUGACAAACAAGGACAACAUGAACAAGCUGAUGCUCACCCCACUGAUCCGCUACCCUCUGCUGGGGGGCUCAGCUCUCAUCACCUUUGAAAAGGCAGAAGUGGCCCAGAGGAUCAUAGAGGCGAAGGAGCACGUGGUUGAGCUGAGCUACGGGGAGGACCUGGAGGAGCUCGAUCGGUGCAGAGUGCGAGUGCAGGCAGCACCAGUGGAUAUACUGCUGCCAUCUGCCCUGGAGAUCGGGCUGACUUGGAGCAGCAGGAGUAUCCUUGUGUCUGACCUGCCCAGCCUGGCCAUCCCCGAGGAAGCACUGCUGGACAAGCUGGAGCUCUUCUUCAGCAAGACGAAGAAUGGGGGCGGCGAGGUGGAGAGCAGGGAGUUCCUAGACAACUCUGGCCAGGUGGUGCUGACCUUCGUGGAGGACGGAGUGGCAGAGCCGCUAAUUGCAAGAGGACACAUCCAGGUGCUUAUUGGGAAAGGAAGAUACGAGCUCAAAAUAUCACCGUGUGUGAGCGGAGACAUCACUAACCUGCAGUUCCAGCCCUCCCGCUGCCCCAGGACCGUCCUGCUCUCGGGGAUCCCGGACGUGCUGGGUGAGGAGCCCAUGAGGGAUGCCUUGGAGAUCCACUUCCAGAAGGCCAGCCGCGGCGGGGGAGAGGUGGACGCCCUCGCCUACGUCCCAGUGGGACAACACGGGGUGGCCGUUUUCACGGAGGACGCGGGCUAG